AUGCCUACGUUGACGCACGUCUACUGGGACGCCAUUGCUUCUCUUGACUCUCUUGACAAGCACACUGAGACCCUCAUCUUUGCUAUUCACUACUCGGCCGUGAUUAGUCUUACUCCGGAACAGUGUCUUGUCAUCCUUCAUGAGACGCGUGAAGCUGCCCUAGAGAGGUACCGGCUGGCCGUACAACAAGCACUCGCUCGUGGUAACCUACUCAAUACCCAGAGAAUGACGAUGCUACAGGCGGCAGUGCUCUUCCUAUCCGCAUUACCUAACGAGGACAACUCGCGUGCUGCUUGGUCGCUGACAUCGCUCGUCUACCACAUUGCGCGAACCAUGGGUCUGCACCGUGAUGGGACGGCGUUCAAGCUCAAACCGUUCGAGACAGAGCUACGUAGACGCCUAUGGUGGCAAAUUUGCAUCAUCGACAGCCGCUCAUCCGAGUAUCACUGCAACGAGCCUAUCGCGCAGCACUUUUCCUCAGACACCAAGCCACCCCUCCACGUCAACGAUGCUGACUUAUCGCCUGACAUGGUAGAGGCUCCAGCUGAGCGGUGGGACCGUGCGACAGAUAUGACGCUUUCCCUUGUCCGGUGUGAAGCCAUACAGACAGGUUGGAAGCUAGGUCUUACAAAGCAGAAGCAGCCCAGACAUCCUGGUAGCAGAAAUGCUGAAAUAGCAGAUGAUUCUGAAGAACCUGCCAAGAAAUGCCGAGUCUUAAUCCAGAACCUAGAGGCAAGCUUCCGCAACAAAUAUCUGCGCAUCUGUGAUUCCUCUGUGCCAUUCCAAUUCCUAUCUUCAGCGGUAGCCCGAGUCAUCCUGGCACGCUUCUGGCUCACAACACAAUACUCUGUGGCGUCAUCCGAGAACCAGGCAGACGACAAAAGCCCCAAGGGCAGUUUAUUCCCCAGAAUACCUGCCAGCACUGGACAGUUAGACAACAACAUGCGUGAUGAGCUGUUCCGAACUUCCAUUGAGUUAUUAGAAGUUUCGGGCAUGCUUCUAACAAACAAAGACAUUACGAAAUGGACCUGGUACUCAACAACACACAUCCAGUGGGGCGGAAUGGCAUUUGUACUUUCCGAAUUAUGCGCCCGGCCUCACUCUCCCGAAUGCGACCGCGCGUGGGACUGCGUCACGACCGUGUAUGACGCAUGGAAAACCAGCGGAGAUCAAGAAGACGAGAACCGUCUCGCCCUCUGGCGGCCGAUACGGCGGCUCAUAGCCAAGGCCCGCUAUGUGAGAGAGAUACAGCGGACAGAUCGGGGACGGCCAGUACAGGCUCACCGGAAGGCUCCGUGUUAUGACCCUAUCCCGUGCCCGCCCCCUGCAGAAUUUAUGUCCCAUUAUCCCGAGACACCGAAAACCAACGCUUGGUACGCAACGUCACAACCCACAAUGUGUACCAUGCCAACGCCUAAGCCCUCGUUGACUGCGUUUUCCUCGGGUCCGAAUAGCAUGACGGCUCCAGGUGCUUUCCAGGGCCUACUUGGCACCGAAACGCUUAGCCCCUUCAUUGACUUCCUUCCGAACCGGCCUCGGGAAGAUGGUGAUAGUGACAUUGCCUCAUUAUUUCCGGGCAUUGAUCUUGAGCUCCCUUCAAGAUUGUCUUGA